AUGUCCGCAACGAUAAGCAGGUCAGACAAGUCUCACAAUUCCGUUGCAGCAGCCCUGUAUCUAAUAUUGAGCAGCUCCCUGGCAAAUCCAGAUACACAAGGCCGCAGUAAUGAAGCGAUCGGCCAGGGCCAGCCGGCAGAGGCAGUGCUGUCGAGUAACUACAAGGGCUUCGUCGCAGGCAUCUUCUCUGGCAUCGCCAAACUCACCGUUGGCCAUCCGUUCGAUACCAUCAAAGUGCGUCUUCAGACAUCAGAAAACACACAAUUCCGUGGACCGGUAGACUGCCUAGUACAGACGCUGCGAAGGGAAGGAUUCAAAGGUCUUUACAAAGGGGCUACUCCUCCGCUGGUAGGAUGGAUGGCAAUGGACUCGCUCAUGUUGGGUAGCCUAACGGUGUAUCGACGCUUACUGAGAGAGCACGUGUUUGCCAGUCCAGCAUUGCGGCCUCGGAUCCCAGGUGAGAUGUUGGUAAAGGACAAGCUUCCCUCAUUCGGGCACGGGAUUGCUGGUGUCAUGGCGGGGAGCACAGUAUCUUUCAUUGCCGCUCCGGUAGAGCAUGUCAAGGCGCGACUACAAACGCAGUACCAGGCAAACAAGAGGGACAGACUGUAUAGCGGACCAAUCGAUUGUGUUCGAAAGAUCUUUCACGCACAUGGUAUUGGUGGACUUUACCAUGGACUUUUGGCAACCAUGAUAUUCCGGUCGUUCUUUUUCUUCUGGUGGGGUAGCUAUGAUGUCCUGAGCAGAUGGUUUGACAAGAAUACGAGUGUCUCGACACCAUCGAUCAAUUUCUGGGCCGGAGGACUUUCAGCGCAGGUCUUCUGGUUGACAUCCUAUCCCUCAGAUGUGGUCAAGCAGCGUAUCAUGACUGACCCACUAGGAGGUGGUCUGAAUGACGGACAACGAAGAUUUCGAUCGUGGUGGCAGGCGGCAAAGACUGUUGGCAAGGAGAAUGGGUGGCGGGGGUAUUGGAGAGGCUUUGUACCAUGCUUCUUGCGGGCCUUUCCAGCCAACGCAAUGGCGCUUGUGGCUUUCGAAGGAGUGAUGAGAGCAUUGCCGGAUUGA